AUGUUCUCCUCCAAGUCCUCCAAGCCUCGAAAGCAAUCCGACCUCGCAUGCAUCUUCGUUCAUGCCGGCGCUGGUUUCCACAGCAAAGACAACGAGUCCUACCACCUGCAAGCAUGUAAUGAUGCCUGCAAAGUCGCCAUGGCUGUCAUGAGGGCUGGCGGUUCUGCUGUUGACGUCGUCGAGGUCGCCAUUAAAGCACUGGAGGAUCGCGAAAUCACAAAUGCUGGGUACGGCAGCAAUCUGAGCUUUGAUGGCGUUGUCGAGUGCGACGCUAUCAUUGUCGAUCCCUACGGCCGCAGCGGCGCGGCUGGUGCUGUGUCUCAGAUCAAGAACCCCAUCUCUCUCGCCCGGCUCCUUCUCGACCAUACCACCCAGUCCCUUUCAUUGAAGCGAGUUCCACCGAACCUCCUCGUCGGUCAGGGCGCCACCAAGUUCGCUCGCGAUCACGGCAUGGUCAUGUGUCCGCACGAAACCCUCGUCUCUCCGUUCGCGAAACACCGAUGGCAGAAGUGGCGAGCAGACUUGGCCAAAGCCGAACGCCACAGACACCGCGAAGAGACUAAGCGCUUUGGAACGUCGCCUGCGGCAUCAGAGAAGGACUUGACUGAGUACUAUGAUCAGAGUCGGGAAUAUGAGAACGUCCGCAAGACUCACGAGAAGGCCAUGGACGCUUCCAUGUACAACGAUGCACAGCCGAUCUCACCCCCACCCUCCGACAACUUCCAGCCUGACAGCGACAGUACACCUGGUCAACAGUCUUCGUCCUCGUGGUCUUUGGCUGAUGACGAUCCCAAAGAUACUACGCCGAACCACCCAGACGAAUACAUCGAUCCGGAGGGACCACCUGGCAGCGACCUGGAGAACAUGUCUCGCAACCCAUUUGCAAACAGCACGCAGAAGUUGGCUCCGUCUUCGCCGUUUACCCGCGUAUCAUCGCAAGGAAACAUCGACGGCGGACAGCAACUUGUGGAUGUCUCAUUUGAGGACGAUCCUGAUGCUGAUGGCCUCGAACUGCAUGCUGCAACUCACUCACAAUCUGUAGGCUCCGAUUCAGACGACACUGCCAUUGCCACGAUACCCGCGCCGCCUCACCAGCCUGCCACAUCUCCAUCUACCGCCUCUCAGUCUUUUCAAGACCUGCCAACUGACGUCCAACAGAAGACCCCAGCAUCACCUAUUCGCCAGCAGUCUAUCAAUGUGGACGGCGCGCCCACGAAAGAUGCGGAAGACAGAGAGGUGGACCUUAUCACCGACACAGUUGGUGCCAUCGCCAUCGACAUGUUCGGCAACAUUGCGUGCGGUGCAUCAUCAGGCGGCAUCGGCAUGAAGCACCGUGGGCGGAUCGGUCCUGCUGCCCUGGUCGGAGUGGGUGCUACCGUCAUUCCUGUCGACCCCCAAGACGAAGACAGGACGACCGUGGCCACCGUCACCAGCGGCACGGGCGAACACAUGUCGACCACUAUGGCAGCCUCAGUCUGUUCAGAUCGCGUCUUCAACAACGUCCGCAAAGUCAGCGGUGUCGGUGUCAAGGAGUGCAUGGAGGAGGAGGCCGUGCGGGGAUUCAUCCAAAAGGACUUCAUGGGCCACCCUUCGGUCAAGCACUCCGACUCCACGGGUGCCAUUGGGAUGUUGACGGUGAAGAAGACCAAGGAUGGCGCGUGGCUAUACUUCGGACACAACACUAACUCUUUUGCGUUGGCGAGUAUGCACUCGGAUGAGGUGCGGCCGGUGUGCACGAUGAGUCGGAGCAAUAGCAAUGGCUCGAUAGCGCAAGGUGGACGAGGUAUUCGAUACAGGAAGAAGCGGUGA